UUACUAGGAGAGGAAUGAGAAGAAUGAUAAAAGAUUCUUUCGGAGGAUGUUUCGGAACGUGACUAAAAUCUUCAAGAAAGAUAAGAUGGAGAAGACCAUUAAGUCUAAGAAGAGAAAAAUCAGUCCCAGUAUGAAGUCUCCCUACCAGGCUUCUGAAGAAACUAAAAAGAAACAAGAGACUGAGAAAGGGCAGGCGGUGGUGUAUGAACAAAUAGAAGAAGUGACCAUUACUCAGCAUAGUGAGAGCUGUGAAUUUAAGGAGGAGUGUAUUCCAGCUGAUAAAGUGAGGGCCUCCCUUGCUACCGAAAAGACUAAAGGGAAGCAGGUAGCCAAGAAAAAAGAAGAGAAUGAUGGAAGAGAAGAAAAGGUUUGUGUUGAGGGGAAACGUAAAAAGAAAACUAAAGGUGGAUUAUUUCAGUGCUUGUUUCGGAACGUGACUAAAGUAUUCAGGAGAGAUAAGAAGAUGAAAAAGACCUCUAAAGCUGAAAAGAGAAGAAAGAGUCCAAAUAAGAUGUCUCCAUCCAAUUCUUCUGAAGAAACUGAAAAGAAAAAGGAGACUGAGGAAAGGCAGGAAAUGCUGAAUGAACAAAUAGCAGAAGCAAGCAUUACUCAGGUGGAAGGCACCACUACGUCUAAGAAGGAAAGAAUCUCUCCUGAUAACUCGUCACCCUGUGGUGCUUCUGAAGAAACUGAAAACAAACAAGAUGCUGCGGAAUGGCCAGAGAUGUAUGAACAGGAGGAAGACAUUUCUAAAAAUGUAAAGAGAACAAUCCAAGCAGAAACCAAGCCUUUCUCCUCCACUUCAGAAGAAACAGAAAAGAAGCAAGAGGCAGAAGUAGUACAGGAGUGCCGUAUCGAUCAAAGAGCAGAAGUGGUUCCUAGUCAGGUGGUAGAAGAUGUUGAGUGUGUACACCACAAUGAGAGCCAGGAGUCUGAGGAGGAAUGUAUUUCAAGUGAUGGGAAGAGGCUCUCCAUGGCCCCUGAAAAAGAUAAAAUGAAGGAAGUAGCCAAGAAAAUGCCCAGCACAGAUAGAAGAAUAGAAAAGAUUCACUCUCAGGUGGAAGAGAUUGUUAAAUCUGCGCAGGUAAAUAUCAAAGAUAGAGUUGCGAAGAGAAGAAUUAAAGCUGAAAGACAGAUUCUGUCUCAUGCUUCUGAAGAAACUGAAACAAAACAAGAGGCUGAGGAAAGGCAGGAAUUAUUCAAACAAACAGCAGAAGAGAUUUGCAGUCAGGUGGCAGAGGAUGUUGAAUGCGUACAGCAAAAUGAAAGCCAUGAAUUCAAAGCAGAGUUUAUUCUAGAUGAUGGAAGGAAGCCCUUUUCUGAUACUAAGGAAACUGUGAGAAAGCAAAGGUCUGAGAAAAGGUGCAACACGUUAAUGGAUAAAAGAAAAGAAAAGAUCCAUGCUGAGGUGGAAGAGAUUGUUAUUUCUGCGCAGAGAAAUGUCCAAGAACGAAUUGCAAGGAGAAGAAUGAAAGCUGAAGGACAGUCUUCCUGCCACAGUUCUGAAGAAACUGAAAAGAAGCAAGAGGCUGAGGAAAGACAGGAGCUGUUGAUGAAACAAAGACCAGAAGAGGUGGAAGAGACUACUAGAGCUGUCACCAGUCAUGAUACUCAUGAAAUUUUGAUUAUGGAAGCGCAAGCUAUUGGAAUGUCUUUGUCUCUUGCUCCUGAAGAAACUGGAAAGAAGCAAGGUGCAAGGGAAGAGCAGGAGUUGGAGCGUGAACAAAGAGAACCAGUUCCUGCUCAGGUGGCAGAGAAUGUUGAGUGUGUACAGGAAAAUGAAAGCCAUAAAUCCAAAGAAGAGCUUAUCCUAGCUGAUGUGAAGAAGCCCUCCCCUGAUCCUGAGAAAACUGAGAGGAAGCUAAAUGCUGAGAACAGGCACAAGAAGUUGAGGGAAAAAAGAAGAGAAACAAUCCAUGCUAAGGUGGAAGAGAUUGUUAUUUCUGCGCAGAGAAAUGUCCAAGAACGAAUUGCAAGGAGAAAAAUGAAAGCUGAAGGACAGUCUUCCUCCCACAGUUCUGAAGAAACUGAAAAGAAGCAAGAGGCUGAGGAAAGACAGGAGCUGUUGAUGAAACAAAGACCAGAAGAGGUGGAAGAGACUACUAGAGCUGUCACCAGUGAUGAUACUCAUGAAAUUUUGAUUAUGGAAGCGCAAGCUAUUGGAAUGUCUUUGUCUCUUGCUCCUGAAGAAACUGGAAAGAAGCAAGGUGCAAGGGAAGAGCAGGAGUUGGAGCGUGAACAAAGAGAACCAGUUCCUGCUCAGGUGGCAGAGAAUGUUAAGUGUGUACUGCAAAAUGAAAGCCAUGAACCCAAAGAAGAGCUGAUCCUAACUGAUGUAAAGAGGCCCUGCCUUGAUCCUGAGAAAACUGAGAGGAAGCUAAAGGAUGAGAAUAGGCACAAAAAGUUAAUGGAUAAAAGAAGAGAAGCGAUCCAUGCCGAGAUGGAGAAGAUUGUUAAAUCUGCAAAGAGAAGUCUUGAAGAUAAACUUGCAAAGAGAAGAAUCCAAGCUGAAAGAAAGUCUCCCUCCCAUGUUUCUGAAGAAACUGAAGAGAAACAUGAGGUUGAGGAAAUCCCAGAAGUGAUUCGUAGUCAGGUGCCAGAGGAUGUUGAGUGUGUACAGCAAAAGGAAAGCCAUGAAUCAGAAAAAGAGUGCAUCCCAGCUAGUGAAAAGAAGCCCUCCCCUGCUCCUGAGGAAACUAGUAGGACACUAGAGACUGAGAAAAGAUACAAGAUAUUGAUGGAUAAAAGAAGAAAAAAGACCCAUGCUGAGAUGGAGAAGAUUGUUAAAUCUGCAAAGCGAAGUCUAGAAGAUAAACUUGCAAAGAGAAGAAUCCAAGCUGAAAGAAAGUCUCCCUCCCAUGUUUCUGAAGAAACUGAAGAGAAACAUGAGGUUGAGGAAAUCCCAGAAGUGAUUCGUAGUCAGGUGCCAGAGGAUGUUGAGUGUGUACAGCAAAAGGAAAGCCAUGAAUCAGAAAAAGAGUGCAUCCCAGCUAGUGAAAAGAAGCCCUCCCCUGCUCCUGAGGAAACUAGUAGGAGACUAGAGACUGAGAAAAGAUACAAGAUAUUGAUGGAUAAAAGAAGAAAAAAGACCCAUGCUGAGAUGGAGAAGAUUGUUAAAUCUGCAAAGCGAAGUCUUGAAGAUAAACUUGCAAAGAGAAGAAUCCAAGCUGAAAGAAAGUCUCCCUCCCAUGUUUCUGAAGAAACUGAAGAGAAACAUGAGGUUGAGGAAAUCCCAGAAGUGAUUCGUAGUCAGAUGGAGAAGAUUGUUAAAUCUGCAAAGCGAAGUCUUGAAGAUAAACUUGCAAAGAGAAGAAUCCAAGCUGAAAGAAAGUCUCCCUCCCAUGUUUCUGAAGAAACUGAAGAGAAACAUGAGGUUGAGGAAAUCCCAGAAAUGAUUCGUAGUCAGGUGCCAGAGGAUGUUGUGUGUGUACGGCAAAAGGAAAUCCACGAAUCAGAAAAAGAGUGCAUCCCAGCUAGUGAAAAGAAGCCCUCCCCUGCUCAUGAGGAAACUAGUAGGAGACUAGAGACUGAGAAAAGAUACAAGAUAUUGAUGGAUAAAAGAAGAAAAAAGACCCAUGCUGCGGAAAAUAAAGAUGUAAAGAAACACAAAGUUGAUUUUAAGCCAGGUUCCACAAAUAAAAAGAUCUUCAGCUCAGGCACAGAGCUUGAGGAGUCCUUGGCUUCUCCUAAGAAGAAAAAGUGCUUACCAUCUCAAUGGGCUGAACUUAAGAAGCCAAAUAUAAUUCAUUCUGCCCAGGAACAGAAAGCUCUUAGAGCAGCCUUCCGUUCAUUAUUCAACCUAUACAGUAGACAGUGGGAUGAUACGAUAGACCUCAUUGGUAUACGGUCAACGCUAAAACAUGUAGGAAUCAAAUUAAGAGACAGAGACAGCCGAGGGGCAUUACUACAAGCUGAUAUUGAUGGUGAUGGCAAGGUGAAUUUUCAAGACUUCCUGAAAGUUAUGACUGACCCCAGAAAAUUUUGUUACUAUAUGUGUUGA